AUGAAGAACCCAGGAGGCGCUUUCUCCCACAAGCCAGAAUACGAGGAAAGACUGAGCACCCGCCUAGGCCGUUCAUAUGGCAAUUACACUAGGAUCAUGGCAGAUAUGUUGGAGUCUCUAGAAGCGGCUCGUAAGGAAUUGGGCAUAGGGGAGAACGGGGAGAUCCUUUGGGACGAUUAUUCCUCACCCGAACGACAAUACAAGAGACUGAAGCUUGCCUUAUCCAAGAAUGUCUACGCAGACCUCCUUUCCGAGAUCAAAGAAGCCAAUCACGAGCUCAAAGAGUUCACAAAGGAAAGCCACAUCCUUGAAUCCAACAGAAAAAAGCGCCGGUCGAAGCGUCAGCCAGUGGACUUCCAACUUAUCAGACGUCAGGCACGAAGUCUCUACAACGUCAUGGUUGCGGGAAGAUCAUGGAGAUGUGGAUGCCAAAAAUACCACGUGGCUAGCUUACGCUUGGAGCCAAGACCUUGGGAGGAGGACAAGGGUAAAGAUGAUGUUAUUGAGGUCAAAUGGAAGUGGCGAGAGCUCGAAAUCGAGCCAAUGGAGACGUCUGAAAGUCCAAUGGCUGAAUUUGGGAAGAACGCCGAAACACUGGGUAUUAGUACACUAUCUCUUGUCUCUUCUUCCGAACCACUCGCAAAGAAGAAGGCCGUCAGUUUUGCAUUCACACCACCCACCAAACCCACUCGGCCUCCUGCACCGACAGAACUCUCUCAUACCGGAAUGGGCCCGAUCAAUGAUAUAUGUACCGCAGUGUCGGAGCACUACGGUGUCAGACAGGGGAUAGGCUUUCUCACAGAUGAAAUUGUUGGCCAACACCGGCAUGACGUAUAUCUUGUUGAUGACAGGGUCCGACAGGGAACGGAUCCCAAGUCGCUCGAAUAUCUUUUGCAUGUUUCGAAACAACGAGACCCAGGCUUUAGUCUGAGUCGCCGAGAUCGCUUGUAUAUUGCUGUUAUAUUGGCGUCCAGCGUACUCCAGUUGGACGGGACCUUGUGGCUAAAGAAACAAUGGAGGAGUGGCGACAUCCUCUUCUUACCUCUCGAGGACCGGAAAUCAUCUGCGCCAAAAGUUGACUUUGCCCAUCCGUAUGUGUCAUGGAAGGUUUCUCCGGAGGAUGUGGACACAGCUCUAAUCGCAGAUCCGACUCGAAGUAAUUUUGCUCAUCGCAUCCCAAGUGAGAUCUUAUUUGUGCUUGGGAUUACGCUCACUGAGCUCUGCUUUGGGCAGAACAUAUAUGAAAUGCGAAUCCAGGAGGAUGUCGAUACAACCGAAGUCAUGACCAACUUCAACACUGCUAGCCGUCUUAUUGAUUACGUAUACAGUGAGAGUGGUAGCAGGUAUGGCGACGUCGUCCGGAGAUGCUUGAAGUGCCCCCCUGAUGUUAGGGACGCUAGCCUUGACAAUGCAGAGUUCCAAGACGCUGUAUUCGACUCCAUUGUUACACCACUCCGACAAGACUUUGAAGACUUCAAUGGCGGUUCAAGGAUUAGGUAA